GUUUUAACGCGUUACAUCAUUUGCCCGCCAGCAAAAUGACGAGUUUGUUUGUUCGUUCACAACUCCCGCACUUGUUUCAGUUGAAAACAACCCAGAAACUCUUCAGAAUGUCUUCUUCAUACCUCAUCAACGAUUCCAAGUAUUCAUUCCUGAAAGAAUUGGGUCUACAAGAGAAAAAUUGUGGAGUUUACGAUGGUGCCUGGAAAGGCUCAGGUGAGAGUGUGAAGUCAAUUUGUCCAAGCAAUGGACAGGUUAUUGCAGAAGUUAAAUAUGGAACAGCUUCGGAUUAUGAUUCCUGUGUGAAAGCCUCACAGAAAGCAUGGGAAACAUGGGCGGAUAUGCCAAUCCCAGCUAGAGGGGAAAUUGUACGUCAGAUUGGUGAUGCCCUUCGUGAGAAACUAGUUCCUCUAGGAAAAUUAGUAUCUGCUGAAAUGGGGAAGAUCAUUCCGGAAGGUAUUGGGGAGGUACAGGAAUAUGUUGAUAUUUGUGAUUAUGCUGUUGGGCUAUCCCGGUCGAUGUCUGGUGCGAUUAUACCUUCGGAAAGACCUGGACAUGUGUUAAUGGAGAAAUGGAACCCUUUAGGUGUUAUUGGUGUGAUAUCAGCUUUUAAUUUUCCUGUAGCUGUUUAUGGUUGGAAUAGUGCUAUCGCCAUGGUUUGUGGUGAUACUGUUUUAUGGAAAGGGUCAGAAACCACUCCGCUUGUGUCCAUUGCAACUACAAAGAUUGUUGUUGAUGUUUUGGAAAAGAAUAAACUUCCGGGUGCUAUUGCUACUCUGUGUAGUGGGCGUGCUGAUGUAGGGAAAGCAAUGGCGGCUGAUCCCAGAAUUAAACUGUUAUCAUUCACUGGAAGUUGUGAAAUUGGGAAUUUAGUGGGUGUUGAAGUACAAAAACGUUUUGGGAAACAUUUACUGGAAUUAGGAGGUAAUAAUGCGUUGAUUAUUGAUGAAGACGCUGAUUUAAACAUGGCGGUGCAAGCCUCCGUGUUUGCAUGUGUCGGAACAGCUGGACAGAGGUGUACCACAACCAGAAGAUUAAUUCUACACAAAAAGAUUGCUAAAGAAUUCCUGGAAAGACUCAAAAAAUCCUAUAAUAAAGUAUUGCCGCGUAUUGGUGAUGCUUUAGACGAAAACGUCCUCAUUGGACCAUUACACACAGAAACCUCUGUUAAAAAAUACAAGGACACCAUUGAUCAAGCUGUCAAAGCCGGUGGAAAGAUUGAAUUCGGAGGAAAAGUUUUAAAUGGUCCUGGAUAUUUUGUCGAACCAACUAUUAUUUCCGGUCUUCCUCAUGACAGUCCCCUGGUACACAAUGAAUGUUUUGCACCGAUUGUUUACAUCCUGGAAGCUAAUAAUCUUAAAGAGGCAAUCAGUUGGAAUAAUGAGGUUAACCAAGGAUUAUCCUCUAGUUUAUUCACUACGAGUAUCGAAAAGAUGUUUGAUUGGAUUGGUCCCAAGGGUUCAGAUUGUGGUAUAGUCAAUGUGAACAUCCCCACAAACGGAGCGGAGAUUGGUGGAGCUUUCGGAGGUGAAAAACAUACCGGAGGAGGUCGCGAAUCUGGGUCUGAUUCUUGGAAGCAAUACAUGCGUCGUUCUACAAUAACCAUCAACCAUACCAAAGAGUUACCUUUGGCCCAAGGCAUUAAAUUUGAAUAAUUCUUUUAUUAAUCAUUUUCAAUGAGGUGAAUGUGAAUUUCUAUUAAGUUUUAAAAUGUCUUCGUUGCGUACACUACCGAAUUAUAAAAGAUUACAAACGUG